AUGGAGGAUAGUUCUAUAGAGCGUAGGAUAGAGAUUGACAAUAGAGAAGUAGUUCUUAGUGUAGAAGAUGUAUCAUUAGCCGUAGAUUCUAACGUGGAGUUCCCCCCUCCCCCGCCAGAGGAAGAGAUCGUUGCUAUAGUAACGAAGAAGGAACCCAAAAUCGGCUUCGGUGACAUGGUGGCUUACAACGUGCUACCAGAAAUGCUCGAGCAUGUAAACAAAUAA